CGUGCUGCCCGGGCGGCUUACGUAAAGCUCGGUUAUGCAAUUGCAUUGUUAGUGAUUGCUCCGGGAGCCGGACUCUACACUCACCGGGAACGUGUAUUUUUUAAAACGAGCGUUGAGAGUAUAUUGCUUUGUGAUGUUUCUCGAUAUUUUUAUACAGUCUCUGCUUUGGCCAAAAUAUUUUUUUUUAACGUGCACUUCAGAGAACUGUAAACGCAAGGAGGAACGAACGGAAAUGAUUUCUGCAAAGUCCAAAGACAGUGUGUACUUCUGGAAUAAAACUGCAGAGAAAGGCGACUAUGAGGCUGUGGAAGCUCUCAUGACCAUGAGCUGCAGUUGGAAGUCUGAUUUUAAGAAAUACCUAGAGAACAGACCCGUCACACCAGCGUCAGACACAUCAGAGGAGGAGGGCCUGCGGCCUGGGACCCCCGACUUCCACGCCGUCCCCACCUUUUGUCUGACACCACCCUACAGCCCCUCUGACUUUGAAUCCCCUCAUGUGUCGACUCUCAUGGCACCUGACCUACCUGCUGGACAUUUUGGGCCACUGUCAGACCUUGCCAAACUCUACCCCGCUGCACCUUUCAAAGAGGAAGACAAGAGCUGGGCACCUGUGCCCAGACGCCCCAAGGCACAGGCGACAAGUGUGAUCCGGCACACAGCCGACGCCCAGCCCUGCAGGCACCGCACCUGUCCUGUGAAGGCUGCCAGCACCCUCCACUUCCAGGAUGGCUCUUUCCAGAGAAGGCCCCACCUGAGCGUCGAGGUUGCAAGGAAGAGCGUGCCCUGCGCAGCGGUGUCACCCAGCAGAGCCAAGUGCGAGCCCGGUGCGCCGGCAGAUGCCAGCGACAAGACGGGCCCCGCCCCGGUCGGCCCCGCUCCACCUUCCCCAGAUUCAGGGCUCCCCAGGCCCCUGCCAAGCCCUGCAUCCCCGCAGCACCCAGUGGUGGUCUCUCCGCCCGAGUCCUCCCUGGGGAGUGUGCCACCGCUGCCAGUCAUCUGCCAGAUGGUCCCCCUGCCCUCGCACAGCCCAGUGGUGACGACCGUGGUCCCCAGUGCCCCACCCAGCCAGCCGCCCACCGUCUGCCCACCAGUGCUGCUCAUGGGCACCCAGGUACCCAAGGGCGCCGUCAUGUUCGUGGUGCCCCAGCCGGUGGUGCAGAGCCCAAAGCCGGCGCUGAGCCCACAUGGCACCAGACUGUCCCCCAUUGCACCCGCGCCCGGGCUCGCCCCCUCAGCGGCCAAGGUCACGCCGCAGGUGGACUCUGCCAGAGUCCGGAGCCACAUCUGCAGCCACCCAGGCUGUGGCAAGACCUACUUCAAGAGCUCCCACCUGAAGGCCCACAUGCGGACACACACAGGAGAGAAGCCGUUCAGCUGCAGCUGGAAGGGAUGUGAGCGCAGGUUCGCCCGCUCCGACGAACUGUCCCGGCACCGGCGCACGCACACGGGCGAGAAGAAGUUCGCCUGUCCCAUGUGCGACCGGCGCUUCAUGCGCAGUGACCACCUGACCAAGCACGCGCGGCGCCACCUGUCGGCCAAGAAGCUGCCCAACUGGCAGAUGGAGGUGAGCAAGCUGGGCGACGUCGGCCUGCCCCCCGCACCCGCGCAGUGACCCCCGGUGCGAUGAGGUCACGGCUCGCUUUGUCCGGUCCCGCGGGAGAGGAGGAGGCUCUCCUCAGAGAGGGCACAGGGCUCCGGGAGGAAUCGGAGCGCAGUGUCGCUUCGCCUGGCUGUCCGCACUGAGGCGGCGUCUCACCGCGGUCCUCCGAGCGCUGGGCCUGGAGCGGAGGCCGCGGUGGCCCGGGUAGCUCUGACGGCGCCCUCCCACCUUGGCCGUCUCAGGAGUUAGACCUCGCGGGACGCCGUUCCCACUGCCGAUCUCGGGGUGGAGGCUGCGUUAAUUUCAUUUGCUCGGAGGUGGGGCAGUUUCUCUGCAUUAUUGUUUUGAAAGUUUAACUGCGACUGUACUUAGGCAUUUUAUUAUGCUUUCGACUUUAGUUUGCCUGCAGUUUCCUGUGUAGAUUUGAAAGUUGUAUCCCAGUGUGUUUUCUGUGGACUCACAGAUACGUUCAUUGCACUUUGUUUAGAAGAUAAAUAUGUCGUAAGAAGGGACAUCAGGAAUUUCAGGUGACCCCUUGAAGACGAUGGCUUUUGUUGUGAGCAGGCUGAUGUUCGGAGGAUGUGUGUGCUUCCUUGGGUUAGAAGGCCCUGCUGAACCUAGGUGAUCUCAGACUUGGAAGGAGGGGUAGAACGUUUUUAGAACGUUCAAUUUUGUUAGCAGUAUUUGUUUUUUUUUGUUUUGUUUUGUUUUUUGUGCAGUGGGUGAUAUACACAGUGGAGGGGGGAUAAACUGUUUAAGUACAUAGUGAAAAAUCCACUACAUUUGCACAUUUAAAAUUUUGUCUAUUUUUGGUGUAGAGAAAUUUCUGACAUCAAAACUUGGACCCUUGGAAGAAUUUUGUGUUAAUUAAAAAAAAUCCUCGUGA